AGUUGACUUAAUUUAGUCAUAAUGUAAUUAGAGACAUCUCAAAUAGGUAUUUUGACUAUUCAAAAUAUAAUUAAAAAGGUCUUAAAUAACUAAAAUAUCUAGUCUUAAACCAAUUUCAGAUACCUGGGAUGUGACAGAGGUAAAGUUGAUUUUAUGUUAAAAUGGCCUGCCAUACCUCGUGUCUCGCUGUGCUGAUGGGAAGUUGCCGAACAUGACGAAAUUACGUCACCAGGCUUUUCCUCGCCCUUUGUGUGGCGCGGCUCGUGGCCACGCCCCCCUCUCUGUCUGCGCCAGCAUAAAGCAGCGGGAGCGUGCGCGCGAGUUUAAAGCUCGGGUCGCGUGGACAGCAGGUGGAUGAUGCUCGCAGAGCGCCGCUCGUCGCUUCAUUACGCACUGCUGCUUUUCAGGUCCUGAUCCAUCCCGACCCAAAGAAUGCCUUUUCCUCCGAUCAGCCUCCAGCAGCGGAUCACCUCACCCGGCCGGGAUCUGUUUGGGAAGAAGAAAGCCAGCGGRGACCCCCCUCAGGCCGAACAAACCGGCAGAUCUGUCGGUUCCGACAAGGAGAAACAGUCCAGUUCUUGGGCUUCCGCCAACUUACGGAAUCUGGGGCGCAGGGCGCAACUGGACAAGACUAAAAGCCCAGCUCAAAAACCCGGUUCUGGGCAAGAGACUCAGGGAAAAGGCUCGUGGCUGUCRGUGCCCAAACCUCAGGAUUCACAGCAAGGAGUCCGGCGCUCCAGCUCCAUGGACUCCGCCAGACACCUCCGGGGAAAGGAGGAGGAGAAGAAGGAGCUCCAGUUCACCCUCAGCCUCACCCCGGAAGCCAUCCUGGUCAUCCAGAAGCGCAACCUGGAGAAGCAGAUGAUGGCCAAGCAGCAGAAGUGCUGCGCCUCCGCGGACUUCCGGCACAGGCGGGUUUUCCCGUCCAAAAAGGCGCACGGCGGCUCCAAGUGCUGCGCUCCGGGGGCCAACAAGGGCGAGGGCGGCGCGGAGCAGGACAUCACGGCCAUCGUGAAGAUCUCCCUGCUCAACGACCAGCACAAGUACGACGACGUGGAGUACGAGGAGGAGGACGGGGACGUGGAUGAGACCGUGGUGAGGAAGUGCAAAGAGUGGCUGAAGGGGGUGGAGAGCGCCGCCGCUCUGGGGAAAGUUGACAAACUCGCGGCGCUUCCGCACCUGAAGAGCUGCUGACAGGAGACCGCUGCUGAGGACUUGGGACUAAAYGUGGACCUGUUGUGUCUGAUYCCGRAUCAUCUUCAAAGCAAGGAGGAAUCUGCUCAUGUCAGGAUGUUGACAAGAAACUGGGUUUUGUUUGUCUGGAUCAGUUUUUUAAAGAUUCAGAGUCACUUUAUGCCAAUAAUGCUGCUGUUAGUUUCCUUCCUUUGCACAGAUUUGUUGUCCUGGUGCCUCAGAAGGACACCAAACCGUUCCCUUUGUGUUGGAGAACAAAAA